CCAGAUAGAAUGAUCUUUCUUUGCUUGAAAUGUAUAUACAUUUUCAUCUAUCUGUAUUUUCAUCAGAAACCAUAUGUUUCAGCAUAUGAAUCUGCUUAUUCUCCAUUGGAAACCAUUCUUCUCGAUUGUGGCUCUUCAGCUAUGAUAGCUUUAUCUUAUGAUGGCCGGAAUUGGACCACUGACAGCUCACAUUUCAUCGCUUCUAACUCCGGUAACAGCUUCCCUGUAUCUAGAUCGUCUUCGGAAGUGACAUCUGUGCCUGAAGUUCCCUACAUGACUGCUAGGAUCUUCCACUCCCAGUUUACUUACACAUUCAAUGUGACCCCGGGCUCGAAGUUCGUUCGACUUCACUUCUACCCCGAUUCUUAUACGAACCUUAAUGCCACGAAAUCUUUUCUCUCUGUCACUGCUGGAAACCUUACUCUUUUGAGAAACUUCAGUGCCUACCUCCAUACCAAUCACAUCAAGUCACCUUACUUUUUCAAAGAGUUCAUCGUCCAUGUCGAAAAUAGUACACUAAACUUAACGUUUAGCCCUUCAACAAACGGUACCAACAGCUACGCUUUUGUGAACGGGAUUGAAAUUGUUUCGAUGCCCCUUGAUCUUUACUAUCUAGACAACAAUGUAUCUGCAAUGGAGACUAUGCAUAGAGUUAACGUUGGAGGCCGAAGCAUACCUCCUAAUCAAGACACCGGGAUGUCCCGUAGUUGGACGAUGGAUUCAACUUACAUCUUCGGAUCAGCUUUUGGAGUGGAGAAUUAUGAUUUUGAUGCUUCAAUCACAUACACCAAAGAAGUUCCAGCGUACACUGCACCUGAAGAAGUAUAUAAGACAGCUCGUUCGAUGGGUCCUUCUUCCGAAAUCAACAUAAACUACAAUUUAAGCUGGACCUUUCCUAUAGACUCUGGCUUCAUGUAUGUUAUCAGGGUUCAUCUGUGUGAGAUUGCAGGGGAGAUAAAGAUAAACCAGAGGGUGUUCGAUAUAUUCAUCAACAACCAAGUUGUGCAAAGAGGAAUCGACAUCAUUGCAUUGGGAUAUGGCAAUGAUGUUCCUUUAUACAGGGACUAUAUUGUGUUGGUUCCAAACCAAACUAUGAAGCAGGAUCUAGAGCUGGAGCUACACCCGAACCUCAAAACUAAGCCUCAGUACUAUGAUGCCAUCUUAAACGGAGUGGAGAUUUUCAAAGUGAGUGAUAGUGAUGGAAACCUUGCCGGACUCAAUCCUUCAUUCGAGAAUGGAUCGAGCGAUGACGGAGAUGAGCCAUCUUUCAGUUCAAGUUCAUCGAAAAGUUCAACCACAGUAAUACUUACCAUCACUGGCAGCUUGCUAGUUUUUGUUCUUGCAAUAUCCCUUUGUGUUUACUUGGUUGCUUUUCUGCGCAAGAGAAAACUAGAACAGGCAAGGAAGAAAAAUGCCAAAAGUUCAUCUUCAUAUCAGUCUUUCUCCAUCAGUGAAAUCAAAAUGGCAACCGAUAACUUCAAUGAGGCAAAGCUUAUUGAUAAGGGUGCAUUUGGUCUAGUUUAUAAAGGUUACAUGGACCGGGGGAGUAUUGCAAUAACUAUAAACCGAGUGAUUCAGGCGAUAUCGAAACAGGAGAUGGAUAAAUUUGAUGCAGAGAUAAGAAUACAUCAUCAUAUUCGCCAUCAAAAUCUCGUCCAGUUGAUUGGUUAUUGCAAGGAAGAACAUGAGGUGAUACUCGUAUAUGAGUCCAUGCCCAAUGGCACCCUCUUCGAGCUCCUCCAUUUCGCCGAUCAAAGGCAGCAAUCUCCUCUCUCGUGGAACCAGAGGCUCGAAAUCUGUACUGGAGCUGCACGAGGCUUACAUUAUCUCCAUUCUUCUAUGGCAUCCCCCAUAAUCCAUGGUGACAUCAAGACCAGCAACAUCUCUUUAGAUAGGAACUGGAUGCCAAAAGUUUCAGGUUUUCUGCCAUCCAAAUUAGCACUGAUGAUGUCACCUCAUAGCCGUAUUAAUCCCAACAUGAAGCGUACCAUUGCACACCUGGAUCCUGAGCAUUAUAAGCUUCGAAAUCCGACAGAAAAAUCAGAUGUGUUUUCAUUUGGAGUGAUGCUGUUGGAACUACUUUCUGGAAAGCAGGCCAUUAAUCCAGAGGCUGAUGCUACUAAUGCUAACAACGAGGAAAGCUUGGUUCAGUGGGCAUUAGCUUGCAUCGAGAAAAGUGAGUCUGACCGACUAGUGGAUCGGCAUUUAAACGGAAAGAUUGUUCCAGCAUCACUUGCAAAGUUUGUGGAUAUCAUAGAGAAAUGCUUGGCAGAUGAAGGGGAGAAUCGACCAUCCAUGAUCGAGGUGCUUGGCAGCCUAGAGUUGGCACAGCAACUGCAAUUGCAAUGUCUUGAAAACUCAAAUAAGUCAGCUACAGACAUGGUUUUUCAUAGUAGCUCAAAUUUUAUGCCAGGACUAGAAUUCUAUGGUGUAGGCCGUUGAAACUUCCAAGCCAUUCAGAAAUGAAUGCCCAAAUGGUAUUUGAAUCAGCUUGUAUUCCAAUCCACUAAACAAAUGGUCAAGUAUCCUAAAAUUCGAUGACAAAAUCGAAUUAGAAACCAAAAGCUUCAAAAUCCAACCAAGUAGAAACCAGGGCACAUUCAUAAUUUAAUCCUGCAUGAUUAAUAAGGGUGAUUACUCACUAUUUCAAUGAAAAAGAUUGUCCCA